AAUUAGGUUGGUAGCCACUGCAGUAGAGACUGUUAAAAUGUGCAAUAUCACUCUAUAACUCUCACUGGAGUAGUAAAAGGAACACUAGAGCCUAUCAAUGAUACUGAAUUCCCUCCCUCUCCUCCCUCUUCCCUCAGAUCCUCGUCCUCGCGGGCCUGGCUGUCCUCGCCGCGGCCCGCCCGGAGACCGCCUUCAGCCACGAGACGGACGAUCAGCACCACGGCCAGAACAUCGACGACGACAACACCUUCACUGGGUCAUACCGGUGGAUGUCCCCUGAGGGCGUGGAGUACUUCGUCAACUACGUGGCUGACGAGGACGGCUUCCGCAUCCUUGAGUCCAACGCCGUGCCCGUCAGCAGCGCAGGAGUGAAGGCUGACGGCUCGCAGGGCGCCUUCCACUCUGAUGAACUUGAUGACGACCUGUACGAGGACGAUCUUCACGACGACAGCGAUUUCGACGACCAAGAUGACGAUGAUGAUGACGACCACAUUCUUGUUCUCUGAGUGGUUGUGAAGGAGUGAUUCGCCCGCACUUCGUCGUCUACACGUCUGUUUGUCCUCGUCGUCUGGUCUCGUCUCCUGGUCUCUUCCUCCUCCUAGUUCUCGUCUUCUGAUCUCGUUUCCUCCUCCUCCUCCUCCUCCUCCUCCUCCUCCUCCUCCUCCUCCCCCUCCUCCUCCUCCUCCUCCUCCUCCUCCUCCUCCCCCUCCUCCUCCUCCUCCUCCUCGUCUUCUAGUGCUUUAUGAUUCCUGUUUUGUGGUGAAUGGGCGUCAGUCAGUCAGUGUUCUUUCUCAUAUGGGCUUCGGUCAGUCAGUCAGUCUCCGCCCACGCCCAUGUUUCGUCAAGUCUUUCACGCCCAUUAUGUACUCUGUCCGCCCAUGUUUAUGCAUUCCCUUUACUUCUUUUUUUUCUUUCUUUUCUUGCUUGCUUCCUUUCUUCGUUCGUUCAUUCCUUCUUUUCCUCGCAAAAUAUUCUCUUUCACCUCCUCCUGUUCUGUUUCCUCCUUCUCCUUCCCUCCCCUCACUUUCUUCCCUUAUUUAUUUAGUCAUUUUUUUUUUAGUAAUAAAGUUGAAUGAAUA